GAUUUACCUAGCAGACGGCAGGCAGUUCGUGAAACUACUUUGUGAGUGAACGUGUGGUUUCUGACAGCUGUUCUGUAGUGCACCAGAAUGCCACAAAAGUGAACUUCAAGGCACCCUUGCGAAAGGUGGGUGGCCGGCGCCCUUUGCGUGGUCUGGUGACGCGGCAGGGGCCCAGACUAGAGACGUUCACCGAAGGGCUGCAGGUGGGGCAUGGCACCACCUGGCAGGCAGCGUUCGCGACGUCGUCCAGCUGCCUUCAUGGGAUUGGUUGAAUCCCGCAAGCAACAGAGCUGCGAUAUUGCUGCUCGCCAAGUGGCUGUGGCAAGACUGACGAGACCCACUGACCGUAGCUUCAAAAACCAGCGGGAAUCGCUUCGGGCCACGAGAAACGAAGCUGCCGCUCUGGUGCCGCUGAGCCGGCGCCUGGAGCAGGACCUGCUCAGCCUAGUGUGCGAGAAGAAGCGCGACGACCAAGCCAGUGGCCGAGAGCGCUUUUCGUCUCCCGUGCGAUCGCGGCAAAAGGGAGGAAACAGCCGCGAGCGUCGCGACAGCGGAGACCAGCAGGAGCGGCGGCGGAGGAGGAAGGGCAGCCUGCCGAGACGCCGCAUCAAGUCUUCUUCUCCGUCCUCCUCUUCUUCCUCCGACCGGAGCCGCAGGGAACGCCGCCGGAGGCCCCGCCGAAGGUCACGCCGAAGUGUUUCGCCGGAAGAGCGCGCAGCCCCGGUGCGGGCACCACCGUCGGCUGCUCCCGCGGCCCGGGCUUCCUUUCGGCGCAACGCUAGCCAGUUCACUACUCCGACCGCCGCUCGGACCGCUGACGUUAUCAGGAGUGGCAGCGGUUCCCCCGACCGCCGCCAGUUGAAGACGGACAACGACGAGAAGCGAGAGCAGCGGAUCCUGGCGCAGAGUCUAUCGCAGCUGCACAACGCGCUGGACUCCAAGCGCCGGCAGCAGUUCUCGGGCAAGAGUGUGCUGGCCGAUGUGCGAAGGUAUUGCCAGGAUGCUGCUCGCCAGGCUCAAAGCGAGGAGUCACUGUCCGGAGAUGUGGCGUCGCCGUCGUCUCAGCAGCAGGAGCCCACCAUGUCGGAAGCGGAGUGCGUGCCGGACCCGGAUUUUGUCGUCGAUGCGCCGCCGGUGGAGGACGAAGUGCUCGUUAUGGAGUUGUCGUCAGAGUCUCAAACCGCGAGCCCGGCGUCUAGCCUGCUGCCUGACUCCCCCAGGGAGGACGAGCAGCCGCCGUUCUUCGAGGAAGCAGAAGAAGAAGAACAGCACCUCGACCGACGACUGGAACGGAGGGAAGAAGACGUCGAGGAAGCCGCGACCAUCGGCGGCGCCGAGCUCUGGCAGCGAGGCGGCCUCCCGGGCACCUCAGCAUCGGCGUUUCUGGUGCCGUGGAACCGGCCCGCAGCCCGGCAGGCUGGUCCGCAUCUAGCGGCGUCACCGGUGCCCUGCGUCCCCUCCGCCUCCUGUUCCCUUUCGGAUGGAUUCCCGAAGCCCGGCGCUGGCACGACCACCGACUGGAGAAGAGCGGCGCGGCUGCCGCCGCCUGUUGCGCGGCCGGCGCAGCAUUCCUACAGUUGGCGCGGGGAGUUGUACCCGAUGCCGACGACUCCGGCGCCCUCUCGGCCUUUCAUGCCGCCCUGGUCCGGACCUUCGCCGCCACUCUUUUCGACGCCGAUGUUCCCGAGUGCACUGCGAGAGCCAAUUCCUCUUCCGCGCCCGCCUCUGCCGCCGCCUGCGAUUUGGGAGCGCCCAGCCGAGGAGUUCAUCACCGAGUUCACCCCAGCGGAAGGGCGGCCGGCUAGGCGCUGCUUCAGUCCGACCCCCGACCACGCCACGUAUUUUUCUCGCCCGAACGAGCAGCAGCGGGCCUACCUUCCCACGCCUCGACCCACGUACACGAUGAGCCGGGGAGACCAGGCUGUCAGGCAUUACAGAAUGGAAGGAUUUUGGCGACUCUCGGGAAGAAGAAUGUUUUAGUGUAUAGUACCGAAGGGAGGGGACAGGGGGGGGGGUGGCAGCAAGCAGCGGCACAGUCUCGUUAAUAAAAAAGCGUCCUUACUUCUGC